GUCACUGAGUACGGCUAUUGUAUCUACAGAGACCACCAGACCAUCUCCAUCCAAGAGAUGCCCGAGCGCGCGCCUGCCGGUCAGCUGCCGCGCUCCGUCGACGUCAUCAUGGACGACGACCUCGUUGACCGCGUAAAGCCUGGAGACCGCAUUCAGCUCGUUGGCAUAUACCGCUCGCUCGGCAACCGCAAUGCCGGCUCAGGCAGCUCGACCUUCCGCACGCUCAUCCUCGCCAACAACAUCAUCCUCCUCUCCUCCAAGUCUGGCGGCGGUAUUGCACAAGUCAGCAUCACCGACACCGACAUUCGCAACAUCAACAAAGUCGCAAAGACCAGGCGGCUAUUCGACCUCCUCUCGCAAUCGCUCGCGCCAUCCAUCUACGGGCAUGACUACAUCAAGAAGGCCAUCUUGUUGCUGUUGCUAGGAGGACAGGAGAAGAACCUCGAGAAUGGAACACAUUUGAGGGGAGACAUAAACAUUCUCAUGGUCGGCGACCCGUCGACAGCCAAGUCGCAGUUGCUCCGCUUCGUCCUCAACACCGCGCCUCUCGCCAUCGCCACAACUGGUCGAGGAUCCUCCGGUGUCGGUCUCACAGCUGCCGUCACAUCAGACAAGGAGACUGGCGAGCGUCGUCUGGAAGCUGGUGCCAUGGUCCUAGCCGACCGAGGUGUCGUCUGUAUUGAUGAGUUCGACAAAAUGUCUGAUGUUGAUCGAGUAGCAAUCCACGAAGUCAUGGAGCAGCAGACGGUCACCAUUGCCAAAGCUGGUAUCCACACCUCGCUCAACGCUCGCUGCAGUGUUAUUGCAGCCGCCAACCCCAUCUUCGGCCAGUACGACAUCCACAAGGACCCGCACCGCAACAUCGCCCUGCCCGACUCUCUCCUCUCUCGCUUCGAUUUGCUCUUCGUUGUCACCGACGACAUCGAGGACGCUCGCGACAGACAGAUCUCGGAGCACGUUCUCCGCAUGCACCGAUUUCGCCAGGCGGGUACUGAAGAGGGUGCACCCGUUCGCGAGGACGGUACACAGCUCCUUGGUGUGGGACUCGACACCGAGGCUGAUGCCAAUCGCCCGACAGAAGUGUACGAGAAGUUCAACCCCAUGCUCCACUCUGGAGUCACCAUCACAGUCGGCCGAGGGAGCAGCAAACGAACCGAGGUUCUCAGCAUUCCCUUCAUUAAGAAGUACAUCCAGUACGCCAAGCGUGAGAAGCCAAUCCUCACCAAGGGCGCCGCAGACCACAUCGUCGCAGCCUACUCGGCGCUGCGUAACGAUGAGCUCGACGCGGGCACCCGCCGUACCUCGCCCAUCACUGCACGUACACUGGAAACGCUCAUUCGUCUCUCGACUGCACACGCAAAGUCUCGCCUGUCAAAGAGGGUCGAUCAGAAAGAUGCAGAGGUCGCUGAGCAGAUCCUGCGCUUUGCGCUCUUCAAAGAAGUUGUUGAGGAUGACCGUCGCAAACGUAGGAGGACUGUACGUGAUCCUGACGCCAUGUCUACUGACGAGGGCGAAUCCGACGACGACGACAAGGGUGGAGACGAACAAGAGACCACAGCCACACCUCGCACUGGCGGUCCGCCCACACGCAGUCAACGCACAACGACGGCCACACGCACACCGGCACCCGCUGACGACGAUGAAGAGGAGGACGAUGAGCUUUACCGCGUCACACCUAGGACGCAACGCACAACACAACGCACCACAGGCCGUAAUCAGUCCUCCCGAGCCGGACCCUCGUCACAGGUCAGCGCGGCAUCGUCACGUCCAGAAUCACAGCUCCCAGCCACACAGGACGAUUCCCAGGAGUCGCAAGACCUCGCCCCAGCGCGUCUGCAGGUCUUCCAGACCGCUCUUGGACAGCUCAUCGACGGUCCUCUGUUCGCCAACGAUGCUGCCGACGUCGAGCCACUCGUCGCUGCUGUCAACGCAAGGCUAGGCAGUGGAACUGGGAGGCAUCCGUUCGAUGCCGACGAGGCCGAGAAGGCGCUUGAGACGCUUAGCGAGCGGAACAAGAUCAUGUACUCUGGCGGUAUAGUGUACAAGAUUUAGAUGGGUGGUGUGUUGCAUGACGAUAUGUUGGUGUUAGAGCAGCGUUUUGGAUAGUGCCUUAUAUUGAGCAAUGAGAUACCACGAUUCGAUCUGACACUUUCACAGUGCAAAUGUGUUCCCCUGGCUCAACUGUCACCCUCUCCAUGUCUUUCGGCCGGUAGCCUGUCGAGCUUGUCAUCGUGAACACGUGCGGAUCCGCGGGUACUUGCGAUGACGCGGGUUGAUCCUUGGAGCGACAAAGCCAGAUUGAUGAAGUCGGAUCGAUCAUGCGACUUAGCUCAUUGCCGUACUUUCAACACCACAAUGCGGAUCCGGUCAAAGUAGUCAGCUGCUCCCGACGUGCUUGACUGACUCUGGCCUCGGACGUCAAUCUUUAUGGCUCUUUUCUGUGCCCCUCACGAUGGAGUAAAUGUUGUUCUCGGGCUUACGAGGGUUGCCGUUGGCAUCG